ACCCGACCGUACGAGCCACACACGCCAUAUUUUGUGGAAACAAAAGGUGCGAAAGCCCUCGUUGAGUGUUUAUCGUAAGGAUUCUGCUUUGUCUCGGUGAAAACCAAGAAAAGAAUAAUGAAAAGGAUCAACUGGGACGGUUGACUCCGCCGCAAUGCCGUUCCCAAUUACCAACCAGGUUCCUGCUACCCAGCAGACCGCAAAGCACUAUGGGAUCACCUCUCCCAUCAGCUUGGUUCUGCCCAAAGAGGCUGACCUGUUGCUGACCCAAAAGCUAACAGAGACUCUGAAACCAUAUGGAGUGUUCGAAGAGGAGCUGGAGUUGCAACGCAGAAUACUGGUGUUGGGAAAAUUAAACACGUUGGUCAAGGAGUGGAUAAAAGAGAUCAGUGAGCAAAAGAACUUGCCUACAUCAUUGAUUGAUACUGUUGGAGGUAAAAUCUUCACAUUUGGCUCCUAUCGCUUAGGAGUACACACAAAAGGUGCUGAUAUUGAUGCUCUAUGUGUUGCACCUCGACAUGUAGAGAGAACAGACUUUUUCACCUCCUUCUAUGAAAAGCUCAAAGAGCAAGAGGAGGUUAAAGACUUGCGGGCUGUCGAAGAGGCCUUUGUCCCCGUCAUCAAACUAUCCUUUGAUGGAAUUGAGAUUGAUGUACUGUUUGCCCGGUUAGCACUGCAAACCAUUCCAGAAAAUCUGGACCUUCGAGAUGAUGGGCUGUUGAAGAACUUGGAUAUCCGAUGCAUACGGAGUCUCAAUGGUUGUAGAGUUACAGAUGAGAUUCUUCACCUUGUGCCCAGUAUAGAAAACUUCAGGCUCACUUUGAGAACCGUCAAGCUGUGGGCUAAACGGCACAACAUUUACUCUAACAUCCUGGGCUUCCUGGGUGGUGUGUCGUGGGCUAUGCUGGUAGCCAGGACUUGCCAGCUGUACCCAAAUGCUGUAGCCUCUACUCUGGUGCACAAAUUCUUCUUGGUCUUUUCCAAGUGGGAAUGGCCAAACCCAGUUCUCCUGAAGCAGCCAGAGGACUGCAACCUAAAUCUUCCAGUUUGGGACCCAAGGGUUACUCUGAGUGACCGUUAUCACCUCAUGCCAAUUAUUACCCCAGCGUACCCCCAGCAGAACUCCACAUACAACGUGUCCGCCUCCACCCGAGCUGUCAUGGUGGACGAGUUCAAACAGGGUCUUGCCAUCACCGAUGAAAUAUUGCAGAAUAAAGCAGACUGGUCCAAACUAUUUGAAGCACCAAACUUCUUUCAGAAAUACAAGCAUUAUAUUGUGUUGCUAGCAAGUGCGCCGACAGAGAAGCAGCAUCUUGAAUGGGUGGGCUUGGUAGAGUCGAAGAUCAGAAUUCUGGUCGGCAACCUAGAAAAAAAUGAGUUCAUUACUCUGGCCCAUGUUAAUCCACAGUCCUUCCCCGGACCCAAGGAAGGCAAUGACAAAGAGGAGUUGAGCACGAUGUGGGUGAUUGGGAUUGUCUUCAAGAAGAUGGAGGGGUCUGAGAACCUAAAUGUGGAUCUGACCUUUGACAUCCAGUCCUUCACGGACACUGUCUACAGACAGGCAAUUAGUAGCAAGAUGUUUGAGCAGGAGAUGAAGAUAUCGGCCAUGCAUGUGAAGAGAAAACAGCUCCAUCAGCUGCUGCCUAAUGUGAAACGCAGAAAGCAUUCCACAGAUGGGCUUCGCCAGAUGAAUGAUACCAGCCUUGAUCUAUCAAUAGACAGUGACAACAGCAUGUCAGUUCCUUCCCCGUCGGCUGUGUCCUCAUCUACCCCAAGUAAGGGUACUACACUGGGCCCCCUACCCAGCCCCAUUGGGGUCAGUUCUAUACCUGCCCCAGUCCCCUGCCCAGAUAUCCCAGCAAAGGCAGCAGCCACAAGAGAAGCAGAGGGAGCCAAACCUAUGCUCACCCGCCAGCACUCUAUCACUGCCCCAGUGUCACCUGCCGGGAACCCCCUUCCUACUGGAGGUCCAACAGCCUCCAAGAGACCUGGUUCCCCGCUGUCAGAGACAUCAGCCAAGAAGUUGAAAGCUGAUGAGGAGUCAGCACCAGAAAUGAAGGCCACUGUCAAUGAAGGGUCCACUACAGGCCUCCCAUCCAGUAAUACUCCACCUCCCACCGCUGUGAAGAGAUCAGCCUCACCUCACUUGGAAGAGACCACAGCUAAGAAGCUGAAAGUUAAAGAGGAUCCAGUCACAGAGCCAAAGGAGGACAGUGAUAGCAUUUCAGUGAAGACAGAGGUUAAUGAUGACACCUUAUCUGAAGGAGAAGUGAGGAAUGGAGCACAAGUAAAGAGGUUGUCGACUGCCGACCUGUCUGAUGUCCCCCUCCUCCCCACUACCCCGAUUUCCGUGGUGAAGAACUCCAUCAAGCUCCGUCUCAGCAGGUAGAAGUAGACUAAUGUUGGGUUAAGGAUGCCUGUAACCCCAUCCAAACCCCCCUCUCCCUCGUAGUCGCCCCCAUUCUUUAGCAGGCAUCCAUGCGUCCAGAUUUAUGGACAGCCUGUUGUAAUGCAGACUGACAGGAUGGGUAGAGGGGCUGGAUGGACAUUGUACCUUUUUUCUCUAUCUGUACGGAUGUUUUUAUCAGUGUGUGGACUUAAGGAAACACCACAAGAGGGCGUUAAAGACCUUCCGCUGGUCUCUUCCUCAAGCAGCCUCCGCAAAACUACAGUGGAGCUUUGUGGGUACACAUUACCCAAACACAGGUUCACAGACCACUUCACAUGUCUCCCAGUCUGACCUCAUCUAGCACAUACGGUGAAAACGCGAAACUGGCACUAGGUCAGAGCUAAAGGAAAUCUUUAUUUUGAAAAUUUUACAUUUUACCCUUCCUACAUAGGCGGCUUGUUGUAAAGAAAAAGCAUUCUGAUGGACAUAUGUGGAUAUCACAUGGUGUGAGCAUACCCUGGUGUGAAUUUGUUUUUUGUCUUUUUAUUGUUGUUUUCCUUAUCCUCUCUGUGUUGAUUCGGAGGGUAGAUACAGAGGACAAGGCUUCACCUGAUAAUGUUGCGCUUUCUCCAUUGGUGAUCUGCGAUGGCAUGCAUUGUAAAACUGUUAGAAUUUUAGAGGGGAAAAAAAGUUUUCACCAAGACGUUUUUGCUCCUGUUGUGGAAUCAAUGAAAGCGCUGUAACAAGAAGACGUUUACUUCGCUGAUCACCUUCAGUUCCAAAACGAAUAGCGUGGGUUGUGGGUAAUUAACCAUUUUUGUUAACCAGUAAUUCAUGUCAGGAAAAAAAAAAGAUAGUAUCACAAGCUAUCUAAUAAUGAAAACUUUUUUUCCCCUUUUUUGGGGCGAAGGGUGCACCAAAAAUCACAGGAAGACACACAAGUCUAACACUAUCAGUGGAACAAUCUCAGGUUUGAGUACACAACUGACCAAAAUGCUGCUUAUAUCUGUGGGGACUAAAUAGCACAGACUCUAGUGCCAGACAGUAUGAUGGACCAUGUGCAUUAAAUUGUCUACUGUCUGCUUCAAUGUCAUAAUCCUCUUGACCCAAACCAGACUGUACUACAAUGUGCUGUAAGAGGGGAGCGUCCCAAACCAGACUGUACUACAAUGUGUUGUAAGAGGGUAGCGUAGUUGCUAGCAAGCAAGUUAGGCUACUACAAAUGUGGUUCUUAAGUAUCUUGUCUGACACUUGUGUUUUGAAGGAAGUUACAUUUUUAUGCAAGACUUAGACUAGUUUUCUACUCCUCAUUGGCUUUGUAACACUUUUAUUGUUGCUUUAUGGGUUUUUUUUUCAAAGCUGUUGAGCCAAUCCCAUCGUGAGCAACAGUGAAACGGGUGUCACAGAUAAAUGACAUCAGUCAGACAGCAGACAUUUUUGAUGCACCUGGCCUAUUACAGGGUUCUCAUCAACAGGAAGAACCUAAUCAUGGUCUCACAAAUGCUCUGAUUAUGUCAAAUUGUUGCUGAGUGCUAGCAGAAGCAAGGGAAUUAGAAAGUAGAGAUGACCGAUGCAUAACUUUCAAGUGUACAUCCAAUGUACAGUAACUUUCAGUGUCUUGUCUUGUAAAAUAGCAGAAAAAUAUUAUAAAAAAAUUCUUUGUGUGGAGUAAAAGAUCUGAGCUUCAGCCUUGAUGGAUUUGCAAAUGUGGCGUUAUUGUGAUUUGAAUUUCAAAAAGAAAUGUGACAUCCUAUAGGUUUGGUGAACAAAAUAUUUUAUUUUUCUUAUCUUUGGGUUGCUUUGUCUCAUAACAGAAUUAGAACUAAGAAAAAAACAUCAUAUGAACACUGAAACUUGGUUUAUUUGGUUUAUCAACACAAGCUAUUUUUUCACCAUUCUGAAAGCUUAAAAAUGUAUGAAAAUUUCCCUUUCAAUAUUUUAUUGAUGUACCAACAUUUUUGGCUUUGUCUGAAUUGUUUGUGCUAACGUGAAUUAUGAUGAAAUGAAUUAGACCACUUUUAUGUUAUGGUGCAUAAAUCUAACUGUAUAGAUCACGUUUCAAUGAAGCGUUCUCUUUUACUUAAAAUGUUUCUUUUGGGUUCAGUUUUUUUCUUAGGCUUAUUUGUAAGAAGGAGGUAUUGUACUUUUUCACAAAUAAAGGUCUAUAAAAUU